AUGACUACCACAGAGGGGUCUCGACCGGAUGAUUACCCCUACCUCACACAUCCCUUCCGGUCAAUGAAAACCGAAUAUGAUGUUGUCGUUGUCGGGUCUGGGUAUGGAGCUGGUGUUGCGGCGAGUCGGAUGGCUCGAGCUGGGAAGAGCGUGGCAGUCCUCGAGUUGGGUUGGGAGAGACGGCCGGGCUCGUUCCCUCGUUCCCUUUUCCAAUGCCUGAGAGAGAUCAACAUUUCGGGUAUCUCCCGAUGGCGACUGCCAGACAAACCUACUCGCCUGUUUCAAUUGAUCCUGGGGGAUGGACAGCACGCUCUCACUGCUCGCGCACUAGGCGGCUGUUCACUUAUUAACGCGGGAGUCUUCCUCGAGGCCGAUCAACAAACCCUGCAUAUGAGCGUAUGGCCCUCAGAGAUAAGGAACGAUAAUUCUGCGCUCCGGCCGUACUACUCGCGCGCGGCAGAGAUGCUGCAGCCUUCACCUUAUCCGGAAGGCCAUCCGCGUCUUCUGAAACUUGAAGCCAUUCAGAAGCAAGCUGAGUGGCUAGGCAAGGUAGUAAGUUUCUACCGCACGCCCCUGACAACAUUCUUUCGUCGGGAGCGCAACCAUGUCGGCGUGAUGAUGCAGGAGAAUCAAGGAUCGGGUAAUGAAAGUACCGGCCUGAACGAUGGAUCCAAAAACACGGUUUCUACGACUUACCUUACGGAUGCCUGGAACUGGGGCGCUGAGAUCUUCUGCGGCUGCGAGGUACGGUAUAUAGAGCAUGCCCCAAACCAGGAGGGUUACGUGGUGUACUUUGCCUGGCAUGGGAGUGGGAUGUCGUCGUUUGGGGAAGAUGUUAACGCCCAAUUGUUUUGGGUCAAAGCUAACGAGUUGUGUUUCCUUGGGGCCGGCGCAUUGGGAACGACAGAGAUUCUGCUUCGCUCAAAAAACUUCGGUCUGCCAAUCUCGCCAAUGGUGGGAAGGAAUAUGUCAGGAAAUGGGGACAUGUUGUUCUUUGGUUACAACGGCGACUCUAAGGUGAACGGCAUCUCGGGGGCAGCAUCAGGCCCUGCGAGUCGACCAGGUCCAACAGUCACCGGCGUUGUGGAUCGAAGAGGGGUAUGCUCAGGGGAUGCCCUGGCCGGCUAUGUUUUCGAAGAUGGAUGCAUACCAAAAUCUUUGAGCCCGUUGAUCCAAGCCAUGCUUGUGCUGCAGACCUUUCGUUUCCCGGCAUCCAGGUCAGAACCUGGUAGCAUGUCUCGGAUUUGGAAGAUGCUCAGGAAGCUUUCUGCCAAAACGUUUAAAUUGGGAGGAGCUAUGCAACGCACGUCAACCUAUCUUGUCAUGUCACACGACAGUAACGAACUCACACUCACCCUGCAAGAUGAUCGACCAAUUCUGCGCGGACCCGGAGAGGGACGGUCUGAAAACUUUUCUAACAUCCGAUACGCUCUGAGUUAUGUCAUUAGCCGGGCAGGAGGGAAAAUAGGAUCUUCACUUCUGCGUGGCCGUGAACAGGAAGAAGUCACUGUCCAUCCGCUCGGAGGUGCCAAUAUGAGUAGCGACGGCACAGGUCGUGGGGGUGUCACUGACCAUCUAGGCCAGGUGUACAUAGGUCAUGGGAGUGCGAAACAUGAAGGCCUUGUGUGCUGCGAUGCUUCUAUUGUCCCAACUGCAUUAGGUGUAAAUCCUAUGGCGACAAUAACUGCGCUUGCCGAGCGAUCCGUUGAUUUGAUCUCCAAGAGGCGACAGUUCUCCAUUGAUACUCACACUCCCAACGGGAGACUUGACGCUUCUUCGCAGCCGAUGGUAUCAAAGAGGGUGGGCCAUGGACCUCAGGACACAACUAACUCAAAUAAGCCACUAUCGCCAAUUGGAUGGCAGUUCUCCGAGGUCCUCGAUGGGCACAUAUAUAUGCAAUCAAGUGAUGUAGGCUUUGACGCAUGCGAAACACUAGGUCGCGGUUCGUCCUGCACCAUGCGCAUGUUUCUUACCGUCGAGAUUUGCCGAAGGAUAGGUGAGUCUCCAUAUGUUGUGCAUGGCGAGGCUCUCACAACUUUAGAUACGUUUGGAUUACAGUAUGAAGCCAUAUGUACUGGAACAGUGGCCUGCCGUGGACUAUCCAGAGGUCCGAUGAGAGUGAUCGAUGGCAAGGUUCGGUUUUUCGUUCAGUCAAAGGAGCAAGCAGAAUCAACGACUUUGACAUACUCACUUCAGCUUCUUUCAUUGGAAAACAUUGAGUAUAAGCUCGAAGGAUACAAAUUAAUUGAUUCAGCCGCCGCGUUCUCCAUUCGCGGAAUGUGGGAGGCGACCACUAAGGUCAAUAUUCAUAUCACUCGAGAUGAUGGGUUGAAGGUAGGAGCAGGUGUCCUCCGCAUAUCGUGGCCCUCUUUCCUGCGACAGAUGAAAACAUUCCGGCCAACGGAAGCUUUCAGAGUCCAAUUAAAUUCUGCAUUGGUCAUUUUCCUGGCCUACUUUACUUUUCAGCUUGCUGUGGUCUUCCUCCGACCUUUUGCGCCGGCACGGGAACUUCGCCGCUCCUCUCACUAUCAACCUACCCAAAAACAGGGACCCUCGACUACAGCUUUACUUAGGACAAGUGAUGGAGUCACCGUGCGUUUAGAAGAGUACGAGCCGUUGCCAAGCACAGACGAGGCUAUCAGAAGCCAAGUUACUGGCCCUCAGCCAGUAUUGUUUAUCCCAGGAGUCACCGGUAAGGCUGCACAUAGCACCUUUGCGCUUCCAUAUUUGCGGUGCAACAUGGUCGAGUAUUUCACAGCACGCGGGUGUCGGUGCUACGUCUUGACUCCUCGCUGGGGCAGCGACUCUACAACGUCAGCGCAGUGCACCGUUUACGACUGCCGCCUCGACAUUGCGGCAGCACUGCAACACAUUCUAGGCCAGCAGGGGCAGAAACCAUACGUGGUAGCCCAUUGCCAAGGCUCCGUAGCACUGGCGAUGGGCCUGUUGGACGGCACCAUCAACCGCACACACAUACUCGGUAUCACAGCCAACGCCGUAUUCAUGACGCAGGUCCUAGCCUACUGGAACUCACUAAAAGCCGCCACUCCAGCCCUAAUUCGGCUAUACGAGUUCAUCUCAGGAACACACUACCCAAUUGGCUCGCCUGAUGGCAACAAACUCAUUCAUAAAGUCCUCGACAUUCUCCUCCGGUUUUACCCCGUUGAAAACCGCCGAGACAUUUGCACCUCGGCACAUUGUCAUCGAACCACGUUUGCAUUCGGGUUAUGCUGGAACCACAAUAAUCUCGACGCUAACAUACAUGACAAUGUUGGCGAGUUCUUCGCAGAUACGCAUACUAAGCUCCUCGAGCAUGUUACCCGUAUGGGGACACAUGGAGCGUGCUUGGAUAAUGAGCUUCGUCCGCUUCUCACGGAUCGGAAUCUGAGUAAUCUGCAGGGUAUUCCGAUUCUGUUCAUGUCAGGCGCAGUCAAUGAGGUGUUUAGGCCCGAGUCGACUCUACGCGACUAUGAGAUGCUGAGACGUCGGUUCGGGGAGCAUCUGUAUCGUCGAUUCUUGGUUGAGGGAUAUGGUCAUUUGGAUCCGGUUAUGGGGAAGAAUGCGGCGGAUGAUGUUUAUUGGAGGGUUUUCGAGCAUGUUAAGUGGUGUGUCCAAGGUCAGGGGGAUACAAAGAGAUGA